CUGUCAUAACAAUAAUUGUUUCUCUCCCUCUUCUAUAAAUUACGACUUUCAAUAAAAUAACCGCUUCACACGCCACCAUUUUCGAUUCCUUUCACACUCAUCAUCAAUCUCCGGCCAUAUUCCGAUGCAAGAUUUCAUCUCCGGCGACGGAGACGGCGCUCACGGCCGGAGAAUACGGCCGCACCACCACCAAAACGAUCAUCGAAAUCAGGUUAUCAACUGUCCUCGUUGCGAUUCCACCAACACUAAGUUCUGUUACUAUAACAAUUACAACUUAACUCAACCUCGUCAUUUCUGUAAAAACUGUCGCCGUUACUGGACUAACGGCGGUAUUCUCCGUAAUGUUCCCGUCGGCGGCGGUUGCCGCAAAUCUAAACGUUCUUCCUCUGCGUCCAAACAGAUCUCCGAUCUCUCCUCUGCUGCAGAUCUCAACAGAGCUUCUUCUUCUUCUUCAAGUAGCGUUCAUCAAAUCGCCGCUGAAACCGCUUUCUCAAGUGAAUCGAGAUCUUGUGAUUUAUCAUCGGCGACGGAGUUUAUGUUUCCGGACGUGUUUUCCGGCGGUUGGAAUUUGAACGAAGAGAGUGAUAUUGGAAACAGAAAAGAUGAUUGGUUGUGGCCGUCGGAUAUGAGGGAAUCGACGGUGAAUAUUACGCCGGAGAUUACGGCUAUGGAUCCGACGACGGUUGAUUUAACUGGAACCGUUGAUGAAGAAGCUUACUGGAGUCAGUUGCAGUGGACUUAUAGUGACGGUUCAAACCAGUCAUUUUAUCUCCCUUAAUAAAAACUUGGAAUUAGAAAUAUAAAAGUUUUAGCGACUAUAGUUUUGUUUGUUGGUAUAUUGCUUCUAUUGAUGUAUAUAAUUGUGUUUUUUUCUCG